AUGGCACUUUUGUUCCUCUUGUGUGUGCACACCACCACCCCGGAAAACAACAGCCAGAGUUGUUUGGGGGUGGAGAAGGAAUGCUGGAAGCCCCCAAGGGGCCUCCCUAUCCCGGAGCAGGCAGACGGUCUCACCAGCCCCGUAGACAGCCCGCGGCCGAGGCGGGCUAACGCGCGCAGAGCUCGGAGCUUCGCCGACGGAAACGCGCGAGAAGCGUCCCAGAGCAUCCAGCGCGGCCUGUCUCCCGAGCCCCACCGAGACGACAGCUCAUCUCGCGAGAGCACGGGCAGCGCCCGGCGGCGGCGGCGGUGGCGGACGGCGGGCGGCGGCAGAGCGCUCUAG